AUGGUUUUGAUGCCUAUAUUUUUUGCACACAUUGAUUUUGAAGUAAAUAAAUUGCCGGUUGAUAAUGUAAUAAGUGAUGCUAUGUUUCAUAGUAAAGUUAUAGAAAUAAAUGGAAUAAAAACAGCUUUUGGGACAACUACUAAAAAUAUUUAUAAAUUAACUAGAUUAAUUUGUUUUUUGAAUCCUGAUAGACCUAGAAAAAUUUUGGAAAGAGAAAACUUUAGCAAGGGUAAUUUAAUUGAGUCAACUUCAUUAAAUGCCAAGGCACAUAUAAAAAGAAUGGAAUAUUCUCACAUUGAAAUUUGUUUAAAAUUUGAAAAUCCAGGCAAUUAUUUUAUAAUUUUAUUGAGAAAUUUUGAGGUCGGCUGGUUUCAAUUUUUUGUUAAAAUAAAAAAAGCAAAUGAGGAAAGAUGUGUGUCUAAAUUUUUCAAGGGAAUGAGUGAUUUGGAAAAAGAUUUAUUAAAAAGUCUGAGACAUUGCAUAACAAUAAUGAUAACAAAAACAGAGGAAGAUGAUAUUGAAGAUGGGCAAAUGAAUGUAUUUGAUGAAGGUUUUCUAACCCAUUAUGAUAUUGAAAUAGAAAAUGUUGCCUCAAUAAGAGCAUUGUUGAAUGAUGGAAGUUAUGAAUUUUAUUUAGAUAAUGAAGGAGAAAUAAAAGAAAAAAAGGUGUUCAUUGCUGAUCCGGAUAACGAAAUAACCAAUUUUAAGAAAAAUAAACAAGAAAAUCCUACAAAAAAGAGGAAGUUUGUUGAGGAAACCGUCUAUUGA